GAUUGUAUCGCGAGUGAUUAUCGAGUGAGACUCAUGGGGAAUGAGUGAUCGACGGAGUCAAGACUGUCUCGAGAACAAGAAGAGGUACCUUUUCUUCGAGGAUCCGGAAGUGGUUGUUCAGAGAGCUGAAGACAACGCCACGACCAUCCACCAUCACCAUCAUCCGAAGGAACUCACUAAUGCCAACGUGCAAGCCUACCCCUUUACCUUCAUCUCUGCAGUAAAACGAAAGCUCUCGGUAGCAGCCCAGAAUGACUCGCAGCAGCUGAAAAUCCCUCUUGACCCAGUGAUCCUGUCUUCAGAGAUGGAAUUCGUAAAGCCACUGAAGGUCCCAGACCUGAAGAUCCUCCCGAAGACUCUAGAGUACUCCCCUCACCGUCAGAAAUUCCCUCAUUCUCAGAAAGACUCCCCAAAGUCCGAGAAGCCUCCAAAAAUGUCCCUGGCUCAUCGCAAACUGGACUUCUCAGGCUCUGACUCCUUCACCAACGACGACUUCGAAUCUCUGAAGCCCCCAGACAUCUCCUUCCCGUCGAAGAAAGCCUAUUCCAGGGACUCCUCCCGAGAGAAAGAGAACAGAUCGAAAAAAAUCCGAAAAGAGGAUUCAAGUUUUUCAAAGGGUGAAGAUUCUGACGCCUCGAGACGCAGAAACCUCAGGCACAUAUCCCGAAAGGAUCUCGAUGAAAUUGUUCAGAAGUCGAAGACCGACAGGUUCUCACUGACACCAGACCUGCUAAACCCCAGGAAAUCCCAGAAGAAACCUCCGUCAUCGAAGAAAGACUCCAGAUACCCAGGAAAGUCAAGAGAGAGAUCUUCUGAAAGUAGGCUUAGAACGGCUCAGGAAUCAAUUCCAAAACCUAGAGAGCCUUCGUCUCGAGGUUCAGGCAGUGAGAGCUCCCUGCAGAAGCACCCUGAGGAUUCGAAACACCGAGUCUCUUCGAAGGAAGUGAAGAAACUCCUGGAAAGGCCUAAGAGAUCUUCUCCGAAGAGCUGCCGACACAGCGACUUGUCCGAGGAUCUUGAUGCAGAAAAAGUUAAAAGAAGAAAAGAGGGGGAGAAAUCCCUGACGGAUUCUGGUGAAGUUUUCCUGGACCCCAGGAGGAUCUCCUUCAGGGACGACAGCUAUCAGCAGGAAGAGUUUGUCAACCUGAUGACCCCGGAGGUGACCCUGAAUCACAAGCACCGGGUCCGAAAAGAAGGUAGGCAGACGAAGGAGGAUGAGGAGGGGAGUGCCCAGGUGGAAGGGAAUUCUGGAGAUGUCCUCGUACACCCGACUGCUCUGCACAUGCAGUUUCAGGCGGAGCUGCAUCUGUUUGAUUCGUACAAUGAGUCCCUGAGACAGGUGAUGGAUGUGGAGAAUAGUCUUUAUAAUGUCAAGCAGGAUAAGGAGCGAGAGGCUAGGAGGUGCCUGUUGGAGGGUGAGCAGAAGGUUGAUGAAGUUUCACCUCCAGCCGAUGUCCCCGAGGAGCUCCAUCGCCCGCAUGAGCCUGAAGAACCGAAAAAACCUGCUCGAGAGGUUCAGACACAGACUGUCAACGACAUAGCCACCCAGACCGAGGCAGACCCGUCCAAGACGCAUCCUGGGAUCACGUACAAUCGCGGUUCCCUCUGUGACCUGAAUAUCGACUCCCUGAAUGACCUAGAGAAGCUCGAGGUGUCUCUCCCCAGUCAAAUUCGUGCCAUGUCUGAGAUAAGCCUCCACGAGACAACGUCUUCAAUUAAAACCGAGACAGGAACAGAGAUCAGUAUCUCAACCCGAGACGUGACGUGCUCAUUCAAUAAGUACCUGGACCAUGAGAUGGCGCAGCUCAUAAAGGACGAGAAAUUAAUGUACGACAAGAUCGAAAUGCUGUUCAAGUAUAGAGAGAAAACGUUGAACGACAGGACCAGGAAGAUUGUUAAACUCGAGGAGCAGAAACGGGCGCUGAGGGAUACUGGUCAGGACAGCAGGAUCAGUUCGGUGAAGAAGAAGCAGAGAGCACUUUUGCUGAAGCUCCAGCAGGAGAAGGAGGAGAUGACUCGCCUGAAAGAGCUGCACAAGCUGGCGAGCCAAGAGAGGAAGCUGAUGUUGCAGAAGCAGAGGAAUAUGUUCAAUCCCCAAAUGUCGACGAAAACAUUUCUCACCAAGUUGAAGAGAUCUGCUGACUGCCAGUCCCCCAGGAGACUGUCGGGCCCGAUGAAGGGGUAUGACAUCAGGUCGAAUAGCUCGGUGAGCUCUCUGGUGGAUUCCGAUAAGUCCCAGCUAGACAGGUCUCGCCAGAGUAUCGAGAAGGGCGAUCAUGUACCCUCGAAACUGAUUCAGGACUCCAGUUAUUCGUCCCAAAUGGAGUCUCCAAAGAAAUAUGAAGUGAAGACUCGGAAAUUUGAGGAAAAGAUGCCCAGAGGGGACGUACUGAGGAUGAAGGCACAGCAGCUAGAGAUUGAUGAAGGAUUGGGGAGGAAUGUGGGGACGCCUGGGGAUGGAGAGGAUAAAACAGAGUCGGAUACUCUCGUCGAGGAUUUAUCGAAGAAAAAUACUGAGGGGGAGAAGAAUUGCAGAAGGGGAAAGGUUGAGGACAAGUCUAGGAAGGUGAUGGGCUCCCCGGAGGGCAAGUGCUUUAAGAAGAAAGGGGGCAAGUCUGGGAAGAAGUCUGGAUUUGAUAAUGACGUGGGAAAGUACGUGAAGAAAGCUCGGGAGGACAGCUCUACUGAAGGAGAUGGUAAGAUCGAUCUGGACGACAGUCAGACUUCACUUCAGGCUUUACUGAAGCAUUCCAAGGCGGUUAAGGAGAAGAACCACAGAUUGAUGAAGGAUAUUGCUGAUGAGGACGCCCAGGCUAUGAGCGUCGUCAAGGAGGGGGAAGGACAUGAGGAAGUGCAGGGCUUGGAGAAUAUCUCUACCAGAUCGCACGUCAGUACAUUCACGAUCUCUAGGCACAGCUCUGGAGACAGUGAAAAGAGCUAUUCCAGGUCUGUGGUGAUUCGAUCACAGGAUCAUCGCUUUAAGGGACCCAAGAAACUUGCACAGAUUUUAAAUGCACGAGAGGCUGCUCUCGCCACCAGAAGAAACUGCGUGGAGGACUGGAUCGCUUGGCACGCGAGACUUAAAGCCGAGGAGAGCAGAGUGGCACGGAUGGAAGAGGCUGCUUACAAACUCGUCAGUGCAACGACAAAUGCCCUCUGCAAUGACACGACGAUUUCUUCGGACACGAGCGACGUCGAAGGACGAGUGGAACUGCUGGCUGAGAAAUUGACUGAGAGGCGAGCAGAGAUGGCCAAGUUGAGGAAGGAAGCAAGGAAACAGGCGAAACAGCGAUUAAAAGCUUUGGAGGCUAAUCUUUUGAAUCAAAUUAAGAAAUACGACACAACAAUUCACGAGAUGCGUAAAAAGCUAGAUUCCAAACGCAUCCCGUCGAAGGAGAACGGAAAACUAGCAAUCGAAGCUAGAAACCUCCUGGACUUCAAGGUACCUGAGAUACCUAUAAAGCGAAUCCAGGAAAUCUACCGCAACAGUGACUUACUCCACUCUCGAUCAGAAUCCGAUCUAAUAACAGGAACUCGUUCCCAAUCGAAUUCUCCCCAGGAGCUGGCGAAGCCCCUGAGCAGAAGCAUCGAGUCAGUUCUCGAGGAUGCCAGGAGCCACUCGCGUAGAUCAAUGUCAAGAGCAUCCCAGUUGAAUUCCUCAGAAGAAAGAAUCAGUGAAUUUUUCGAGGCCGAGAGUCCUCCUAAAUCUCGAACAUCUUCAAAUCUGAAAAAAUCAUCUCAGGAAAUCAAAACAGCCAGUGAAGGCUCAAUAUUCUCCCACAAGAUGGACUUCCUCCAACUGAAUAAUAAAACCGACCUUGACGAGGACAUCAACACUCUGGAGAACGACCUGCGGACCCUCUCGGAGAUGAUGUCGAUGUUCACUAAAAAAUCUGAGGAGAGAAAAUCAUUCCACACUCCAGGAUCAGGCAAAAACACGUCCAGGGACAUCAGCGAGGAUCUGACGAAAUCUGAGAACAUUGAUACGGAGUUGGAGAGCAUUCCAGAAGCUCAGAGUCCACAUAAACUAUCUCCUGAGAUGGUAAAAACUUCUGAAGUGUCUCCGUCGACAUCGUCAACAAUUCCAGAGGGAAAGUCAAUCAAAUCCUCAGGAAAAUGGGAUAGUAAUGAAAGGAGUGUCAAUGAUACUGAUCCAGUGAUCGUCGGGCACCUGAGAUCCACUGAAAAUAACUUGGAAAUCAACGGAGCAGCGCUAGAGAGGAGUAUGGAGACACUGCACAAGGAGAACGAAGCCUUGUCUUCAGAUUUCACCUCACUGGAAGGCGAUAUCAAGUCCAUUUCCGAGCUCAUCUCCAAGAUGACGGAAAGUAAGAGCUUUUUAGGGAUUCCUGACGAUCUCGUUGAAACUCCAGGAGUGGGCACUGCUGGAGAUGAUGCUGAUAAAACCCUUUUUCCGAGGGAAAAUUCCGAAACAAAGGUUUCACAAUCUUCAGUUCCGGUCGAGUCGUCAGGAAGAUUAUCAGGGUCAUCUAUCGGUGAAGAGGUCGAUCAUGAAGAUGGUAAUAAUAGCUCAUUGGUGUCGGAAAAAUCGUUACCGGUGAAUAAUACAUCUGAGAGGGAUGAUUUCAGUCUCGAUAAGAGUGACUGGACUAUCUCCGAUUCCUUCGAGGUACCCAAGGUGUCCUUAUUGGAGGACAAUGAACGCCAGUCGGGGAGGGAUGAGGAAGGGGAUGAUGAAGUUUCAGAGAGAACAUUCGUGCCUGAAACAUCAUCAUAUCAGGGGCCUGAGGACUCGGCUUUCCUGCCUGGGUGGGAAUCCACGAAAAUUCAUGGAAAAGACGACUAUGAUCGUCCAGGGGUGCACACUGAUGAGCUCGAUGAUAUUUUGGACAUUAUUGAGAGGGACAGACAGGCCUCGGAGAGACCCCAAGUGGAUUAUGAAACUCCUGAUGCUUUAAAUCUGGAAAUGGGAGAGACUGCUACUCCCCCAGGCGAUUUAUCUCUGAAUUUAACGGCAGAUGUUGAACCUGUUCUUCAGAAGUUGACCGAGAUCCUCAUAAAUGUUGAGAAGAACAUUGCGAGAAGAACAGAGGGAAAAACGACUCCUGAAGAUGACGAGACAGCGAAAUCGAACGAAAAUACUGAUUUUAAUUACGAGAAUCUGAGAGAGACUGAUAUUGAUGAGAAAAUGGAGAUCAACGAGCAUCUGGAUGAAGCAUUGAAUGAGCUGAACCUUGAAGAGGAACUUCCUAAACUUCCGGGAUCACUAGAAACCCCAGAAGUUCCCCACAAACCCCCAGAGGAUGAAAUUCCCCCAUCAAAACCUGAGACAACUGCAAUGAAAAUUCAACAAACUCCUGAAGCGAUGGAAAACCCAGAGUAUGAGGAUAUCUCCGAAGAGAGUCUCGAAGUCUCGGAGAUUUUAGACAGAUCCGAUUCGCGAAAGUCCUCCCAGAAAUCUUCAAAGUCCUCAAAAAUCCCGGACAAAUACCAAAUAAUGGAGAAGCCAGACCAUGUUUUGAGAAUUCUCGACGAGAUCUCCAGAAAAUCAGUGAAGGAUAGAGAAUCGCCAUCGAGUCACGUCCACGAUGUGGAAAUAAACGUCGAGGUCUUCGGAGACAUCUCCCCCGCUCGCCUGCCAGGUGUUGUGAUCGAGGAAAUCGAGAGCCAAAAUUCCCUGGAGAGUGAAAAAUCGAGGAAUACACCUAUGAUUGAGGAGCCCGAGGACUCAAGGAAAGUCGAGGAAGAGGAGGAGUCCAGCGAGGCUGGUGAUACGCCUAGGGAGGUAUCAGAGAUAGACCGGGACUCUCCCAGAGACCAGAACGAAUCCAGACUGGACGUAGAAGCCUUGGACGACGAUUUAUUAUGCACGAACAGUGGUGAGAAGGAUUCUGAGGUGGAGUAUCUAGGAAACGGUACCUCCACCUCUGAAAAGGACAUCAAAGUAAUGAUUGACAAACUGAGGGCCUCCCUGGAGCAGCCUGGAUUGGCUGUAGCUGAGCUGGAGGCCAGAGUACUGAGGAUCGAGCAGCUGCAGAUUGAGUUAGAGAUCGAGAAGAUCCAGAAGCUCGAGGCGGUAGAGGAGGUGUCGUUGUACAUGCGGGAAAUCCCUAACAAACCUCCACCUCCCUAUACCCCUCCAGGCGUGGUGAGACUGGCCUCUCCACAAAUAUCACCAACACUGCCUCCUGCUGUGAUUCCCACCAACGUCGACGAGCUGACAGCCUUCACAGAGAAGGCGACAGCUCUCAUUUACAAUGCCAAGUUUAAUGAGGAUGAGAUAAUGUCUCUACAGGCACCCGUGGAGAUAUUGGAGUCCAGUAAGGACAGCAAUGACACCUCGAAGAAGGACAGGAAGAUCUAUAACACGUUUUUGUUUGAUCUCUGCAAGGAGACCAUUGCUGAGAUCUUUCAGUCAGAGUAUGAGAAGCCUGGACCAAGCUGGACCAAGCCCAGUGUCAAGACAAAACCAGCCAUGAAGAUACCAAAAAAUCUCGAGGAACUCACUGAGUAUGUUAAUAAGGAUGUCGCCACUUUAUUUGGAUUUAAGACAAAGCUGCAGAGGGAAAAUAUGGUCAUGAGGUGGAGCAGGAAGAGGAGGGAUAGGGUCGAUGAACUACUCGCCAGGGAGGCACAGGCUGAAGAGGACGAGUGGACGAAAUUUCAUCAUGAUGAGCUUGAUGUUAAGAAUGAACUCACUGUUGCUAUAUUGGAUACUCUCAUUUUGGAGACAACCAGCAUUGUUAAAGCUGCUUACGUCAAGAAGCAGAAGAUUAUUGUGUAGGUGACGAGGACCCUCGGUCCAAAGUACAUUUUAAGUGGUUUAAGGAAAUGAAAAUGGUAAGUUUAGACUUUCAGAGUCAUGCUCAACUAUUUUUAAACUGAGAACAAUUAUCAAUUGUCAAUUGAAAGACUGAAACAUGGGGGCCAUUGACAAGUUUUUCAAUAUCUUAUCGAUUCUACAGAAUUCAACAACGAGAUAGUGUACAGAGUUUAGUCGUUUGUUUCUGGUUUUUGUCUUUUUGUACCUGGAUUUUUUGCUUCUUGCCAAGCAGAUGUGUUUUUUUUUUGUGGGAACCUUGAAUUUUACGUUGAUAGGUUGUGAUGUACAUACUAUUACAGGUUUCAAUACGAUUUUUAUCGGGAGACUUGGGCUUGUUGAUUUAUUCAGUGUUUUUGAAGGAAAAAACAUUUGUAUUGGGACGAAUGAGAUAUCAAGGGUGGUAUCGCCAUUGAGCUUGAAAGUUACGCCAUUAGUUUGAGUAUGUAGUGUUAAUAUUUUAUGUACUUAAUUACUUUAUCAUAUAUUUUAUAAUAAACUUUGGAAAUGAAACUUUGGA